GGGCAGCGGGGUCUCUGCCCGGCUCCCAGCAUGUCCGGGGCGGAGGUGCUGGACACCCAGGGACCUGCAGGCGCUGUGGAAUGCACGGGGGACGUCCCCUCUCUUAAAGAAAUCGAGCAGCUCCUGAACACCGGGCGGCCCUCCUGCAACCACGUUGAUGAAGUAUGGCCUAAUCUCUUUCUAGGAGACCUAGUAACAGCUCACAACAGAUUUGUUUUGUGGAAGAUGGGCGUGACCCAUGUUUUAAAUGCUGCCCAUGGCACAGCCUACAGCCACGGAGGCCAGGACUAUUAUGGAGCGACCAUUCAUUAUUAUGGUGUACCAGCCCAAGACCUGCCAAGCUUUGAUAUAAGCCAGUUCUUUUUCUCCGCAGCACAAUUUAUCCACAAAGCCUUGAACACACCAGGAGCUAAAAUAUUGGUACAUUGUGCAGUUGGAGUAAGCAGGUCAGCUUCCCUAGUCCUGGCAUAUCUCAUGAUAAAUCACCACCUUCCAUUAGUUGAAGCCAUCAAAACAGUGAAGGAGCAUCGAUGGAUUUCACCCAAUCGUGGCUUUCUGAAACACCUGCGAAAUUUGGAUGUUCAGCUACGGCAGAAGAAGGACUGCUGACUGGGCAAACUUAUUUGCAUUCACUUUACUGAGUUUCAGCCUUCAUAGUCAUUGUGCAUACACAACUUCCUAUGAUCAGUGCAUGUUACAAAAAUGAAGAAAAUUAUGCAUCAAAGUAAAAGGUCAACAGAACUGUAAAUGGAUUAAUUUUGAUAGCUCAGUUCCUCCAAGACCAGCACAGCCAACAUCAGCACUGUAAGCACCGUGGAGCUGCCAUGCCUACAGUGGCACUACCAUAUAAAUCCAUUGAAGUGGUUAAGAUGGACAGAGUUUGUUCCUGGUUUGUGCUAAUGCCAGAGGAAAGUACAGUAAUUGCAUCUAGCUCUAAAGGAUGUUUGAAUCCCCUUUACUUGGGAGGGUAACAUAAUCAUCUUUGUAAGUUUGGUUACAGUUCUCAUAUGCAAGAAAAGCAUUUUGUUUUUCAGGCCUGAUUAUGUGGCAAGGGCAGUUUCUUAAGAGCCCAAGGACUUCUACAGAAACAUUCCUCUUUCACAGGUCUGCUAAAUAUUACAGUGCUAUAGAAAGCUGUGACAGCCAGAAGACCCACACCAGCAGAAUAAACGUCUGUGAAGCUCUCUACAGUCUGGGUCAGCAAAACCACAAAUCUUUUCUUGUUAAAUACGUUUUCAGCAAGAUAAUGUAUAUCAUGUAGUAUAUUGAGGACAUUAAAAAAUGUCAGGUCUCUGAAGCA